CAAGAGUGAUUGUAAUAUUAAGUAUUUAGGUAAGAAGGCUUGCGUUGAGUCGGAACCCGCAGUCUCGAGCGAACCGAGAGAAGAUCUCCAGCCAUGGCUUUGGCUUCUCGCCUCCUCUCGCGAUCCCGACAGUUAUCAGUUGUUCCUAUUGUAAUGCCACAUGAGCGUUUAGCAAUAGUUCGUUCGUUUGCAAAAGAAGCUGCGCCUCCUGCGUUGCCUAAGCUUAAAGGAGAUGAAAUGUUGAAGAACAUAUUUUAUGAGGUGAAGAAUAAAUUUGAUACUGCCCUUGGGAUUUUUUCAAAGGAAAAGAUCACAAUUGAUCCUGAUGAUUCCGCUGCAGUAUCUCAGUAUGCAAAAGUCAUGAGGACUGUAAGAGAAAAGGCAGAUUUAUUUUCGGAUUCUCAGAGAAUAAAGUACACAAUUGAACAAAGGACCCGAGAUAUACCAGAUGCACGGACAUAUUUGCUGGCUUUGCAAGAGAUACGUUCGAAGAGUGAUCUCGUUGAUGAAGUGGGUGCUGAGGCAAUGAUGAUGGAAGCAUUGGAUAAGGUUGAAAAUGAGAUUAAGAAGCCUCUUCUAAGGUCUGACAAAAAGAACAUGGCUCUUCUCCAAGCAGAGUUUGACAAAGUGAACAAAAAGCUUGGGAUUAGAAAGGAAGAUCUACCUAAAUAUGAGGCAGACCUGGAACUCAAGAUUGCCAAAGCGGAAUUGCAAGAAAUAAAGAAGGAUGCAGUAGAGGCAAUGGAAACCCAGUUAAAGAGGGCAGAAUUUAAGGACGAGAAGAUGCCUGAUGUUAGAUCAUUGGAUAUCAGAAACUUCCUCUGAAGAAUUGAGUUUACCUAAAUUUUUGCAUGUUGCCAUGAACGUGGUUCUCUUUGCUGCAUCAACGUCUCUCACCUUGUCUCUUGAACAGCAGGCACGGAUUUUAAUGUUUCUGGUCAAAUUCCUGAAAAUAAUGUGUCCAAACAAAUGUUUCUAAUACAAUGUUUGUGUGAAACAUUUCUCACUUGUUGAGUCUAUUAUACAGUUCUACAGAGGGAAAAUUUAAUUGAAUCUUGGAGACUGCCAAAAGGUUCUAAAAUUAUCGCCGAGAUUAGUCAAAACUUUUGUCCUUCCA